AUGAUGCACAUGACCUUCUACUGGGGCACAAAAGUGACCCUCCUCUUCGAUUCUUGGAAAACAGAUUCUUGGUUCAGUUACCUCCUCACUCUAUUUGCUUGUUUCCUCUUCUCAGCUUUCUAUCAAUACAUGGAGGAUCGUCGCAUCCGAUUCAAUGCCAUCGCUGUCUCCAAUCCUGCCCAGCAACAACAACAACCUGUCAACGCUCCUCUUCUCACCCCUAAACGACGUAUCAGUUCAGCGAAAUUUGCCACCGCUUUGUUGUUUGGGAUCAACUCGGCGAUCGGGUAUCUCUUGAUGUUGGCUAUCAUGUCUUUUAAUGGAGGUGUGUUUUUGGCUAUUGUCGUGGGUUUGGCUGUUGGCUUUCUCUUGUUUAGAAGUGGCGAUGAAGAGCAGGAAGAUCUUGCAUUGACUUUGCAGGUUCCUUUUCUCUUCACAAGAAUGCACAAGAUAGCCAUGGAGUUUAUUACUGCUACAGGGGGCAGUUUCCACUUUCCUUUUGAAGAUGGGAUGCAAGUUCAUAGAUCUAUUCCUCUAGGCGAGAUGGACUACUGUGAUCUGGUGCUUGCUGGAGCUGGUCUGGUGGUGCGUCUGGGAGUACUCAAGGGAAUGGCAAUGGAGCUACAACACAAGCCAUUGACGUAUGGUUGUGGUGCAACUUUAGAGAAAGUAGAAAACGCUAGUUUAAGUCGUGCUAGCAUAUAUAGAUGUAUUGGAGACCAGUACUAA